AUGAAUAAAUCCACUGACUUUAACCUCCUGUUUCCCCAUACAGAUUCCUUUGCCCCGUGCAGGACACAGAAAGCAGGCCUCAACACCAGUGGUGUCUUCCACAAUGUCAGCCUGUCCACAGUGAUGAGGUGUGAGGGGAAACAGAAGUGCUCUCUUCACUUUCGAGUUCACACUGCUCUUCAGCUCAGUGAGCACAUCCAUGGUGUCUCCAUAUGCACUGUUACCGCAGGGAUGAUGUUGGAAAUCUGUACGCUCGUCAGCUUCCCCAGAGUAGCCAGAGAGAGACUGGAGGGACAGCAGUUGGAGGUUCAGAAUGACUGCUCUGAAGUGUGGCCAGGUCAAUACGUUCACGUCACUCUCAAGACAAAUCCAAGCUACUGUGGAGUCGCCUGGACAAGCACUUACCAAGUCCCAGAAUGUAACAGCAGAGAUCUUCGGAGUAACAUUCCAGAAUGCAUCACUGGGAGGCUAGUGUACACUGUGGACGCAGACAGAAAGGAGCUGGCUGUGUCUGUCUCAGACAUGUUGGAGGAUAAAGACUAUCACCUGAGACUGUGUCACAGAAAAGCCUACACCUGUAGAGACACAGGGGCCAACACACUGAUCAGAAAGGAGGAUGUGCUGAAGAAUACUACUCUGCAGUAUUCUACACCUAUGCCCUGUCUCUGUAUCGAGGGCUGGUCUGCCACCUCUGAUGCACCCAGAGUUCAAGUCUUUCCCUUCAGAGACCAUCUGGAGGAGUUGUGGUCCGGCAUUAACUUUGACCCGGUGGAGGAGUUGUUGUCAUGGGAACCGGUGUGUCCUGUUGCUGCGGUGAUCUCACUGUGCCAAAAACAAGGGGACGAUGAGUGUGACGAUCUGGCUGGUUCAUCACAGACCCUCAACAGUGAAAAGAUAACAUUCUCCACAGUGGAUCCACACCCACAGCUUUGCAUGAAGUUUACCACAGAUUCUGGAUCCUGGAUCCGGUGCCCCUUUGCAGAUGGGAAUUUCCAAGGUAAUAGCUCUCUGUAA